AAAACACGUUUGAUUGUGAUUAAAACACAACAAUCACAACAAGAUAACAAUAAAUGAAGGUGAUUAGGUGAGGUGAAUUUUGUUCCAUCUUCUUUCAUCGUUUAAUAUUAGAUAGAAUUGAAUUAACAUCGCUGGAAAAUAAUUAUUCAUGCUUAGAUUAUAACCGAUCGAAAGAACUGCCUCACUCAAGAAUAGUUUAACUUAACAGAAGGAUGUCGCGUGCCUACAGAUACUACGAUUCUCCGGACGGCUACGACUUGUUCCGUAAAACCGAAUACGUUUGCAGAAAAGCAGCCAGUUUCGGCGCGACUGUCGGCUUAACGGACAUAUUACUAAUUACUCAGCCAAAAACAUACUUCUCAAUGGCGGAAAGAUUCGUUCGUCUUUGUGUUCCACCGAUAAUCGCCGGAGGUAUUUUCACCACGACCGUUUACAUGGCUACGAAUAUCAGGAAGAAGGACGAUUCUUAUAAUCAUCUUCUCGGAGGCAUCUUGACCACUUGUUAUAUCAAUAAGUUAUUUAAAAAUACGCCUUGGUGUUGGAUUUUCGGAUGUCCUAUAAUUUUGAUGGUGAUCGCGUAUAAAGAUCAUAAGAUGUUGGAGGGUACUAAAUUCAUGGAAGAUGACACUGAUAGAUUACUUAACGUUGGUAAUCCGGUUUUCGAGUACGAUAUGCAACGUUCGUCCAUGUACAAGGAUAAAAAUAACUGGGUGUAUUCUAGUUGGUGGAAUUGAGGUAAUUGCUGUACGGUAUUUUGUAUCUCGUAUCUCGUGUGUAGAUAUUAAUAUUGUAGAUUUUACGUGUCGUAUGGCGUUAAAAAACGAGUUACUUUCAUCUUCGUGGGCACGUUAAUGAGAUUUAUGCUUGUUUUUAUUAUUAUGUAAAUUCAUAUUAUCGAAUAAACAUAUUGUUCAAAAGUA